GAUGGCGAGCUUUCCAUCAUCGAGUUCUGGAGUUGGGUCAACGGCCAUGAUGGCAGGCAAACGAAUGUGGCCAAGACAGCGGGUGACGUCGGAUCUAUGCAGACGGGUGACUUUCGCCGGCAAUUGCUGAACAUGGCUGUUGAAGAAACCAAGCGAAAGAUCCACGAAACCGAGGAGCUCCGCAGUCCACGAGCGGCUGGCCGCCUUUCGCAGCAGGCCCGCAGCUCCGCUGGAGUGCUGAGCCUCCGAGUGUUUUUUAAUCUACGUGGAGGAAAGAUGCCGAAGAGGUCGUGGAUUGCCACGACAGGCCUCGAUCAGCUCGUUCUUUCCUCGGAGAUUGCCCGAGUUUUCCAUCCGGUCUGCUGCCAAGCAAAGGUCGACACCUUCUUGGCUUGGGCUACUCGGAUCUCCCAUUUGCUCGGAUGUGUCCUCUUGGGGUUUCUGCUGGCAGUUCGUUGCUCUUUGGCUCAGGACAAGAAUGGAGAUGGAACGGUUUCUACAGAGGAGAUGGGCCAGGUUCUGAAGCAGGUGAACCCCAAGUUCACAGAGGCCAUCUCUGACUCUGAAGCCACGAGAGACGACAAGUGA